AGCUUCAGAUAGGAGAUGAUGGUCUGUGGGGUUUCUUGGUUUUUACAGGGAUAUUUUUCAGGUGCAGAGCUCUUACGCUUUAGCAGUCCACUUCAGUAUUGUAAUCAUCAGUUUUUAUUUUGGUUGCAAAAGAUAUUGUAAGUUAUGUUCAGAAAUAUGAUUGAUAACAGGUCUCUGUCUUUUAGACCAGUACUUUUCAUGGUUGUUCACUAUCUGCUAGUAUCUCUAAGAAUAGCAGCUGAAAGACUGGAAUUUAGUCCCCAAAGCAGGUAAGAUGUUUAGAAUCUGGCUGAAUGCUACUUCAGAAGUGUGCACAAAUAGGCAGAGAAGUUUAAUAAGUUAACUGAUGUGUAAGCGAUGGGCUAUGAUGUUUGCUGGUAUCUCUUGGUUAUCUCUUGUGCAGGACAGCUGAACAGGCAGAGGGAAGAGCAGUCUGCGGUGACAGGAAGGCAGUGGGAUCCCUCGCUGAUGCUGUCUCAGAAGGGCUUGCAGCAUCGUUGCUUUUAGGCAAAGCUUCUUUGCUUGCCGGCUGGCUUGGCCACACAGCCCCAUUUGUCAAUUUUCUGCUCCUUCUUCAUACUGACCAUAGCUGUCUGGAGGUGCAGGCAGAGGAAGAAAGCCUCAGUGUGCAGAAGAGAUCAUUCCAGCCUCUUAAUCUCAAACAUCUUGGUGUGGUUUUUCUGUCUUUUUUAACAUCUGAGAAAAAACUGAUGAACAAUACCUUGGCCUGACAUUCAUCACCAGGCAGAAUCAGUGCUCCAGCCAGCCAACAUGACAAUGCUGUUUGAUAACUUGUCAUGCCAUCACUCCAUCGAUGACUUCCGAAACAAAGUCUAUUCCUCACUCUACUCCAUGAUCAGCAUUAUGGGCUUUGUUGGCAAUGGGUUUGUGCUCUACGUCCUCAUAAAGACAUAUCGUCAAAAGACAGCCUUCCAGGUGUACAUGCUGAACCUUGCUGUGUCCGACUUCCUCUGCGUGGCCACCCUGCCCCUGCGUGUCGUCUACUACCUUCACAAGGGAAACUGGUUCUUCAGUGACUUCCUAUGCAGGGUCAGUUCAUACGCACUGUACGUCAACCUCUACUGCAGCAUCUUUUUCAUGACUGCAAUGAGCUUCUUCCGCUGCAUAGCCAUUGUUUUUCCAGUCCAGAACAUCAAUCUGGUAUCGGAGAGGAGGGCGAAGUUUGUCUGCAUUGGCAUCUGGAUUUUUGUCACCCUGACAAGCGCUCCCUUUCUGCGGAAUGGGACGUACCAACAUGGCAACAAGACCAAAUGCUUUGAACCCCCAGAAAACUCUCAGAAGACAAAUUUAGUUGUGAUCCUGGAUUUUAUUGCCCUUACUGUGGGUUUCAUCCUUCCCUUUAUUGUCAUAACUAUCUGCUACACCAUGAUCAUAAGGGCCUUAAUGAAAAACUCCUUGAAGAAGAACCGGGCUAACCACAAGAAGGCAGUCUGGAUGAUCAUCAUAGUGACUGUCACCUUCCUGGUGAGCUUCACCCCAUACCAUGUUCUACGUACGGUCCACCUCCACGUGCUGAGGCUGAAGAAUGCCAGCUGUGAGGAUGCCAUAUACCUACAGAAAUCGGUUGUGGUAACGCUCCCCUUGGCAGCUUCCAACUGCUGCUUUGACCCACUUCUCUAUUUCUUCUCAGGGGGCAACUUUCGGAAGAGACUUACCACAUUUAGGAAGGCUUCUUCUUCCAGCUUGACACAAGCCUUCAGGAAGAAGUUCUCCAUGAAGGAGAAAGAUGAAGAACCCUUUGGAGACAGCCAUAAGGAGAAUGAAAAGGCAGCUGUGGCCCCUUCAUACGGAAGCUAAAUCCUCCCCCAAGAUCUCAGAUGGACAGUA